GUGGAGUUACUCCCGCUCUCUAUUCGAGGACACACGGGGUUCAGAUCAUAAUGAGUUAAACUCUGACAGAAUACAGGUAGGAUUCUUGUGUAGUACAGGAAAGAGCAUGCUCAUCAAUACGCUCUUUUAUUCAUUCGCGGGAUGUUCUAUGUCGUUUUGGAGAGACACAGAAAGGCAAUUUCUGAAGCCGACAUUUCUUCUGUUGGAAUAGAAGACAAGGCGCACUUCAACUUCGGAUUGGCUCGAGAGGAAACGUCGUUUGCUGCUUUGAAGCAUACUAAGUCAUUCAAUUAUUCUUUGCGGUGACGAAAAUUGAGUUUGAAUACAUUUAAAUCGAUAUCUUCCACACACACACACACCGCUAUUUCGUCUGAUGUUUGGACGGCUAUCACCGAGCCGAAACUAUGGUGAUAGAAAUCCGUCACGGAUUUGACUAAAGACGCGCCGCAGAUAAAGGAAUAACAAAUCUUCAGAGAAACAAAAAACCUCAUCGCUGUCUGAAGUCUGAAGGAAUGGAGCCUUCCAUACUAUUACUACUUAUGACACUUUUCGGUUUGGGUGAGGGGUCGUCCCACAACUACUCAGAGGGCCGCUCCAACCGCCUGCUGUCCCUGGAGAAGAUGUUUGGUCGUCCUGAGAAACACUCCCAGUGUCAUCACAAGUUGAAACAUCUCCACCACGGGGCCCGGAUCACCGUCCAGAUGCCCCCCAACAUAGAGGGUCACUGGGUCUCUACCAGCUGUGAGGUACGUCCUGGCCCAGAGUUCCUGACGCGGUCGUACCGGUUCUUCCCCAACAACACGUUCCAGGCCAACCAGUUCUACUACAGGGACAACCACUGCACCAGCCCCACCUACACCCUGGUGGUUCGGGGACGGCUGAGGCUCAGACAGGCCUCCUGGAUCAUCAGAGGAGGAACAGAGGCUGACUACCAGCUUCACCACACACAGGUGGUGUGUCACAGUGCGGCUGUGGCCAGGGACCUGAGCCAGAGGUUAAACCAGAGCUGUCCGGGUACCGUGAGGAUCAAAGCACCCUGGGAACCCAACGUCAGCUACGAGCUGUGGAACGAGGAGGGCUGUGACUGUUCCAGAGAGAUCAACUUCUCCAUACACGAGCUACAGCUGCUGCGUGUGGAGAAACAGUACCCUCAUCAUAACCUGGACCACAUGGUUGAAGAGCUGUUCCUGGGAGACAUCCACACUGAGGUAGCCCAGAGGAUGUACUAUAGACCCUCUAGUUACCAGGCCGCGCUACAGAGUGCCAAGAACCAUGACCCAUGCUGCCUCGCCUGUCGUAUCAUCUACCGGUCGGAUGAGUUCCACCCUCCCAUCCUGGCGCCGCGGGCGGACAUGACAGUGGAGCUGACUGGCCAGUGGGUGAGCCAGCGCUGUGAGGUCCGUCCUGAGGUCCUCUUCCUGACCCGUCACUUCAUCUUCCAUGACAACAACCAGACCUGGGAGGGCCACUACUACCACUACUCUGAUCCCAUCUGCAAACACCCCUCCUUCAGUAUCUACGCUAGAGGGAGGUACAGCCGCGGGACGCACUCUACUAGAGUUAUGGGAGGCACGGAGUUCGUCUUCAAAGUGAAUCACAUGCGUGUGAUGCCCAUGGACCUGGCCAUCACGUCCCUCCUCAAUGUGUUCAAAGGUAACGAAUGUGGCACCCAUGGUUCCUGGGAGGUCGGAGUUGAACAGGACGUCACCCUGACCAAUGGCUGCGUGGCGUUGGGGAUCCGCCUGCCCCACACAGAGUACGAGCUGUUCCGGAUGGAGCAGAACGCCCACGGACACCUACUCCUCUACAACGGACAGAGACCCUCAGACGGGACCAGCCCCGACCGGACAGAUAAACGAGCAACCUCGUACCAAAUGCCCCUGGUCCAGUGUUCAGCUAGCAGCCAGAGGUCAGAGGUCGUGGGAGGGGAAGACGAGGACCAACCCUUGAGGCUGAGUAAUGGUGGAACCAGAAUAACGUGGAACCAGAACCGGAGGGAUGUUGUUGUGGUUCUGACCGCGCUGGUACUGUUGUUACAGCUAAGAACUGACAGUCUGGUGUUUCAUAGUUAAAGAACAGACCUAUUGGUUUUUGUACAUAAAGACACUGACUCUGUGGAGGACUGUGAACCGUGAGAGAGGACUCUAAUCUGACUACUUCGGCGUCUACCCUGAGGGAAAGGAGAAUGCUAGUUGCCUUUGACGCACUUAAACUUUCAAAAUAUAUUUUUUGGCUCUUUUAAAAGCAAUGGAAGCGUUUAAAAGACAAGGUGGAGAGCGGAGAAAGAGUGGAGCGAGUGGAGAGUAGUUCCUUUGAUGCCUCUGUUGCUUUGAACUCCACUCGGUUACCAGAUAUGACACCGCUGAAUCACAAUAACUGCACUUUAGAGUGGAAAUGGAGAACUAGAGAAGACUAGAACUAGAUAAGUCUGGCUAUAGAACUAUAGAAGUCUGGCUAUAGAACUAGAGAAGUCUAGAACUAUAGAAGUCUGGUGAUAGAACUAUAGAAGUCUAGAACUAUAGAAGUCUGGCUAUAGAACUAGAGAAGUCUAGAACUAGAGAAGUCUGGCUAUAGAACUAUAGAAGUCAGGCUAUAGAACUAGAGAAGUCUAGAACUAGAGAAGUCUGGAGAUAGAACUAUAGAAGUCUAGAACUAUAGAAGUCUGGCUAUAGAACUAGAGAAGUCUAGAACUAGAGAAGUCUGGCUAUAGAACUAGAGAAGUGUAGAACUAGAGAAGUCUGGCUGUAUAACUAGAGAAGUCUGGCUAUAGAAUUAGAUUAGUCUAGAACUAGAGAAGUCUGGCUGUAGAACUAGAGAAGUCUAGAACUAGAGAAGUAUGGCUAUGGAACUAGAGAAGUCUGGCUGUAGAACUAGAGAAGUCUAGAACUAGAGAAGUAUGGCUAUGGAACUAGAGAAGUAUGGCUAUAGAACUAGAGAAGUCUAGAACUAGAGAAGUAUGGCUAUGAAACUAGAGAAGUCUUUGGCUAUAGAACUAGAGAAGUCUUUGGCUAUAGAACUAGAGAAGUCUUUGGCUAUAGAACUAGAGAAGUCUUUGGCUAUAGAACUAGAGAAGUCUUUGGCUAUAGAACUAGAGAAGUCUUUGGCUAUAGAACUAUAGAGGUCUUUGGCUAUAGAGGUCUUUGGCUAUAGAACUAUAGAAGUCUUUGGCUAUAGAACUAUAGAAGUCUUUGGCUAUAGAACUAGAUAAGGCUUUGGCUAUAGAGCUAGAGAUGUUUAUCUAUGGCUGCAUCCACAAAUACACCAAGAGAUUGUUUUAUACACCUUACCUUCACAAAAUAUCAAGUUUCUUCUUGGUACUACAAUUAGAUCAAAUAAGAUACAUUAUUGUGUAAAAACCAUUAUUUUCUACAAUGAAAUGUAAAGAUGGCAAAGAACGUGAUUUAGGUUUUAAAGGGAAAUACGUUAUCAGCACAAUGGGCCUGCUGAUAAUGACAUCAGCUACGUUAUCAGCACAAUAGGCCAGCUGAUAAUGACAUCAGCUACGUUAUCAGCACAAUGGGCCUGUUGAUAAUGACAUCAGCUACACUAUCAGCACAAUAGGCCAGCUGAUAAUGACAUCAGCUACGUUAUCAGCACAAUGGGCCUGCUGAUAAUGACAUCAUCUACACUAUCAGCACAAUGGGCCUGCUGAUAAUGACAUCAGCUACACUAUCAGUGCAAUGGGCCUGCUGAUAAUGACAUCAGCUACACUAUCAGUGAAAUGGGACUACCGAUAAUGACAGCACCUACAUUAUCAGUACAAUAGUACUACUGAUAAAGACAUAACCUACAUGAUCAGUACAACGGGACUACCGAUAAUGACAACCUACAUUACCACAGAGAUUUCCAUGACAAAUAUGAUCCCCCAGCCCCCCCCCCGCCCCCCAAAAAAAUAUAUAUAUGUUAAUGGCACUUUUGUCUAAUCUACCCCAUAACUACAACACCAAACACUUCAUUGUACAGGUCAGGAGUUCUGGCACAUUUAGACAUCUGCCCAGGAUCUUCUUUGAUGUACAGUACUCUCAUUUGAUGUUAACAGAGAUCUCUGCUACGAUCUAGCCUGAGAACCAUCUCAUACACAAUGGGUGUUGGUGCCCUAGAACAAUCUGUAGAACUGGCUAUAUGUAUAACAAUUAAAGAUUUGGUACUGUACACAGGUUAUUAUGGACUCUUUAUUGUGUAAAGACUAACGGUACUAAUUGCAAACAUGGUGUGUGGGGGAAUGAG